ACCAAAGGCAACUUGGGAGGGAGAGGAAGCGAGGAGAGAGGUAGAAAGUAGGGCACUGUUAUCUGGCCCCCUUUCAUUAACCACCAGGCACAAGGCAGAGAAAGAGUAAGAGAAAGAAAGAGCUGUGGACAGGAGAGCAGGGGUGUAUUGAAGCUGUAGACAAGACGGUGGAACAUUUGGAGUCUACACCGGAUGUCAAGCAACCAAAGACGAACAAGACAACCUUGUCUGUCCUACGCAGUCUUUACGAUCACACACGCUCACACACACACACUAACAUCUACACACACACACACAUACACGCUCACAUUUUACUUCAUCGUGUCAAACACACAUCAACAGGCGUGCAAAUACGACACGUGCACGCACACAACUUUGCACACACACCGAGCGGCAACAUGUUUGAGGAGCAGGCGACUAAGGUCAAGAUCACGUCCGUGGUGAUUGUGGUGGGCAUGUCGUCAAUGCUGGCAGCAGUGGUGACUGACCACUGGGCCGUGCUCAGCCCCCGGGUGGAGAAGCUCAACACUACUUGCGAGGCGGCCCACUUUGGUCUCUGGAGGCUCUGCAAGAAAAGUAUCUUCAUUGUGGAGGAGGACCCUCAGGGCAAAGGCUGCGGCCCCAUCAGUUUACCUGGAGCACAAAACUGUUCCUACUUCAAACACUUUACCUCGGGGGAAGAAGCUGAAGUUUUUGAAGUGAAGACCCAGAAAGAGUACAAUAUUUCAGCAGCAGCCAUCACCAUCUUCAGUCUGUUCCUCUUGAUCCUGGGCACCCUUUGUGUCGUCUUCUCUUUCGGGAAGGGACGAGACUACCUGCUCCGGCCUGCUGGGAUGUUCUUCGGCUUUGCAGGCCUUUGUAUCGUCAUUUCUGUCGAGGUGAUGCGCCAGUCUGUCAAGCGCAUGAUUGCCAGUGAUGAGACAAUCUGGAUUGAAUACUACUACUCCUGGUCCUUUACCUGCGCCUGUGCCGCCUUCACCCUGCUCAUCCUCAGUGGAGUAGCCCUGCUCCUCAUCUCCAUGCCCCACAUGCCACGUAACCCCUGGGAGACCUGCAUGGACGCCGAGCCUGACACCUUAGAUUAGCCACAGGUGAUGCAAUGUCGGAAAGCCUGGUUAAAAUGACAAACAAUACAAGUGGUUCUGCAUCAUUUUCACUUUAACUACAUAUCCUAUCCCACAUAUUUAUCAUAAUUGCAAGCAAUAUUCCAAAACAUCAAGUAUUUGUACCCACCUUCCAUGUCCAAUGAUUAUGAGUUUAUCUCACUACAAUAUAAAAAUUAACUCAGACAGCAAAAACAAUGAAGUUGACGUCAUCUUCACAUGGUAAAACAGUUAGAAGCGUGAAUUCCUUGCUUGUUGGUGUUAAGAGCUGAGGAAUGUUCAUCUGAGACUUGAGAGGCAUCUGCCUAGCAACACCUUUUUUUGAGCAAUCAUUUACUACACAAACAUUAUCUUUUUUUGUGUUGUGACAACAUACCUUAUAAAUGCAGUCUUAGAUUAAAAAUGUUGGAGUUUUUCACAAGCACCUGAACACACCCACACACCAAGUGGGCCGUGACAUACGAAUCCCACUAUGGCCACGCCAAGACCUGCCCUUCAAUAGCAUUUCCACACUACUUUUGGCCAGUCGUCCAUGCUUACAUGUACAGGUCCUAUCCCCUGACCAAUCCCCUAACCUUAACCAUCCAGGUGAAAUGCCUAACCCCAACCAAUCAAGCUGCUUUGCAGGGUGGGACUUGGCGUGGCCAUGGUGGGAUUUGUAAUUUUGCAAGUGGGCCCUGCUUGUAACUGCAUUGCCACGUGGUAUAAAAGUACCAUAAAUGGAAAACAAAACAUCAAAAUGUGCAUCAUAGAAUGCCUGUUUGAAGCAAGGUAUUUUAUUUUGUUAAUUCUUCCUGACUGAUUUUCAUUUACACUGCACUUAAAUUAACUGCAACCAGUGGAUGACUGGAUGUCAAGAAAGGAUCAAUCUAGAGAUGUAUAGUCUACUUUUGAAACAAUUUGUAGUAAAUAGGGUAAAUCAUGCAAACACACCUGAAUCACGCUUUAAGGUUUCACUAGACCUGGGUCAGAGACUUAUAAAUUGCCAAGUUUUACAAAACAAAGAAUGCCAUAGUGCUGGAAAAAUAUGUUUAAACAUAUACUUUAAAAUUACUUGCGGUCAUUAGUGGCUUACAUGACAACAUCUGAACAGUCAAACUGCAGUUACUGUAAUUCUGCUAUGUCGGUCACUCUAAUGAAAGUAAAAUGACUUUCAGAUGCUGUUUUAUGAAAAGAACUACAGUAGGACAACAAGCAGACUAGACCAGGCAAGAUUGGACUAAAAUUGUACCACACUUAACCAGAUAAAAAAGGGUGAACCAUUGC